GUCGAUCGUUCUUAUCUGAUCCAAUAAUGACGCGCCAAUCGCUAAUCCGCACCAGUUAAGCCCAAACAUUUCUUUUCUUUUCUUUUUUUUUUCUACUCCUCUCCCUCUCGUUUCUUGGCGGCGAUGGAGAUGGAGAGAGCCACAGAAAUGGGGGCCAAGAGCGGCGCCCAUUUUUAGUCAGCCACGGCGAGGGAAGAGGAGCCAAUCUUGGCCAAGCCACCCUCUCCAAGAAUCCUCGCUGAUCUCUCUGCGUGAGGCGCUCAAUUCGAUUUCUUGGGGGGUCGAUUCGGAUUUCUUGGGAUGCAGUGGGCGGCGCUGAGCUCGCCGCCGGCACCGGCGGCGCCGGCGGCGGUGUGGAUGGGGCGGAGGGCAAGAACCGCGAGGUUGCCGUCGCCGGGGCCGCGCCGGGUGGUGCUGGCCGCCGCGGCGUCGUCGUCGUCGCCGUCGCCGGAUGCGAACUCGAGCUCGAACUCGAACUCGCCGGGGAGUGGUGGCGGCGGCGAGGAGGUGGAGGAGGAGAGGGAGGACGCGGCGCGGAUGGAGAAGGCGGCGGCCUUCCUGAUGCGGAGCCAGAAGUACGCCAUGCUCAAGCAGCAGCUCGCCGUGGCCGCCCAGUUCGAGGAUUACAAGGAGGCGGCGAGGCUGAGGGAUUCGCUCAAGUCAUUCGAGGAGGAGGAGCCAGUUCUUCGUCUCCGCCGAUCGCUCAAGAAGGCGGUUGAGGAGGAGAGGUUCGAGGAUGCUGCUAAGUACAGAGAUGAACUGAAGAUUUUGGCUCCACACGCCCUCCUAAAAUGUUCUAGUGAUGCUACUACCCUGGGGAUUAGAGUUCAAGUCAGGAGUGUUUAUAUUGAAAGCCGGAGCCAGCCUUUGAAGGGCCAGUUCUUCUUUGCCUACAGAAUCAGAAUCACAAAUAAUUCUCAGCGCCCUGUUCAGCUUCUCAGAAGACAUUGGAUUGUCACUGAUGCAAAUGGAAGGACGGAGAACAUUUGGGGUGUAGGUGUUGUGGGAGAGCAACCUGUCAUAUUUCCAAGGACUGGUUUUGAGUACUCAUCUGCAUGCCCAUUAAACACACCAAAUGGGAGAAUGGAAGGUGAUUUUGAGAUGAAGCACAUCGACAAAGCUGGGUCGUCUACAUUCAAUGUCGCAAUUGCACCAUUCUCUCUGUCAAUCCUUGGAGAUGACAACGAUGAUGUUCUCCUCUAAAUGUGAUUGGGUAUCAGAAUGAGUUUGAAUAAGAUGAUGUCACCAGCAAGGAAUUUGCAUAAUACACAAACACGAGUAGUGCUGUUAGUGAUGUGGCUAGAGUUCUCUACUGGAAACUCCUGCGAAUGCAAAUUUUUGUUAAGCUAGCUGUGAAUUGGGAAGGUACCAAAGUUCAAGAUCAGAGUAUCAGACAGGCAAAACAUGGUUUGGUGAAAUAUUAGAGUUAAUUUAGACACACACACAAAAAAAAACUACACUACUGUAAAUUGAGGUAUAUGAUGGACUUGUGUGUCAUCUAACUUUUGAAUGUACAGCAUAGAACUAUAUAGAGCUUGUUGAGAGUAUAAGCUGCAUGGAACUCUUGUAUUAUCUCGAAAAAAUGAUUUUGUAAUGUUAUAGUUUCAUAAAUAUAUUGCACUAGGAUUUACUGGUCAAA